CUUGAGAGAUAUUAGAUAAAAAUUUAGAUGAUACUUGAGAGUUAUUAGAUGAUUUAACUAAUUUGACUAAAUUUUUUCUAAGACUUUCAGAUAUCAACUUCACGUGAAAUUGCACGUAAGUCUCCACCAAUUUACAUACCUACUCACCUGUGAACUCUUAAGUCCAACCCGCCAAUUUUUUUCACCAUCCUUCCUUCCUUUAUCCAUUUUAAAAGCCUAAUAUUUAAUCUCACUUCUUACUUAUAUAUACAUAUUUCCACACAUAAUUCUACAGCAUGAACCCUAAUUUAAAAUUUCCCCCUAAUAUAUAGAUGCUUUUUGUGGGCUUCAAUGGCUGAAUCGGACAACGAGUCAGGAGGACAAGGAGGGAACACUAGCGAGUUCAGGGAGCAGGACAGGUUCCUGCCGAUAGCGAACGUGAGCAGGAUCAUGAAGAAGGCGCUGCCGGCGAACGCGAAGAUCUCGAAAGAGGCUAAGGAGACGGUGCAGGAGUGUGUGUCGGAGUUCAUAAGCUUCAUAACGGGUGAAGCCUCCGAUAAGUGCCAGAAGGAGAAACGCAAGACCAUCAACGGCGACGAUCUGCUGUGGGCCAUGACUACCCUUGGAUUUGAGGAGUACGUGGAGCCUCUUAAGGUGUAUCUACACAAGUAUAGGGAGAUGGAGGGUGAGAGGACUGCUUUGAUUGGAGGGACUAGGCAGCAUGCUGGUGCUGAUCAGAGCAACGACGGUGGUGC